CAGUGAAUCAUGAAUAGCAGCCAACCAACGCACCACUUUAAAGUUGGUCAAACCGUACAAAUAGCUGGCAAACAUUUAGAGGGCCGUAUUGCUUUCAUAGGUACAACGAAUUUCGCCCCCGGCAAAUGGAUUGGUGUCAUACUCAACGAGGAACGUGGCAAAAAUAAUGGCACCGUCAAGGGUACAUUUUACUUCAAGUGUCCGGCCAACUAUGGCAUCUUUGUAAGACCCACUCAGUUGAUAAUGAAAAAAGCCAAUGUUAUAGAGGAAACACACCACAGCAUGGAGACGUCAGUGAAAACAACCAAGGAAACACCCAAGAAAACGGCGGCAGCUGUCACGAAAUUAACGGACAGUAAUAAUUUGAAGAAGGUGCCCAAACAGCCCACUUCUACCAAUCUACUCAAGACUACCAAGAUUAAUCAACCCAAAGAGGUGACGCCUUUGCAGCCCAGCACCAGUCAAGUGUCGUUGGUGCAAACGGUGGUACCGGGACCAUGUCGCACCUUAAGGCCCCCACCCGCCUUAAUUCCCAAACGCAGCAAAACCUCCAUGAGUCCGUCGGAGACAUUUUGUUGUGCCAAACGUAGCUCUUUUGUGGAAACCGGUUUUCUAGAGAUUUUAAGACCCCAAUUUACACCGGGACAACCCUUAAGGUCGCCUACCUUUAGCACCAUGAUGUUAAAUUCUAGCUCCAGUAAUUUACAGGAUCUGAAGCAGCAAAACAGACACUUGGAGGCCAGAAUCGUGGAGUUGAAUAAGGAAAUUGAGGUAUUAAAAUCUCAAAAAACCGAGGAUAUAAGAAAACUGCAAGACAUGGAACGUUUGCGUUUACAAAAUGAACAAUUAGUGGAAUUCAAGGUGCGCAUCAUGGACCAACAAACCAACUUGCAACGAGAACUGCAGCGCCUAAGGCAGGAGCUAAGAGAAUUACACGAAGCCAAGGGCCAAUACCAAAGAGAACUAGAUGAGGCGGCUGAAAAUAUAGAACUGCUUACCUUGGAUAAAGAAAUGGCCGAGGAGAAGGCCGAAACUUUGCAGUUGGAACUGGAAAUUGCUCAAGAACAAAAUGAGGAAUUGGCUUUGGAUGUGGAGAUAUUAAAGGCCGAAAAUGAGCGCAUGCUAUUGGGCAACGACAACAAUACCAUUAAUAAGGAGGAAAUCAAUAAUUCAGUGGGUGAGCUUAGGAAAUUGGAGCAAUAUAAUCAACGACUAAGAGAGACGGUCAUCAAGCUAAGAGAUGUAUUAACUUUGGAGAAACAGCAGUCCUUAAAGGCCAUGAAAGAGCUGGAAACUAAUAGUUCAGAAAUAUUGGAAUUAAGAAAAACCAAAGAGUUAUUAACCCAACGUUGUGAUGUUAUGGAGACUCAUAUAAUAGAUCUAAGAGAGCAGGUGGAUGCUGCCUUAGGAGCUGAAACUAUGGUGUCCAAUUUGGCCAAUGCCAAGCUGGAAUUAGAGGAGAGGGUGCGUUUGUUGGAAGAAGAGGUUAAUGAGCUAGAAGCUUUAGAGGAGAUACAUGAGCAGUUGAUAGAAAGUAAUCAGGAUUUGGAAAGAGAUCUCAGGGAAGAAAUAGAAAUGCUUAAUACCAAUAUAAGAACUUUGCAGCAGGAGAAAGAUACAGCCUUGGAGACGGUAUACGAAAGAGACUGCACCAUAAUGAAAUUUAGAGCUUUGGUUAAGACACUCAAUGAAAGAGAGCAAAUCAGAGAACAGGUUAAUCUAACCACACAAGCUUCCACAACAGCCACGGUAUCCACAUCGGAAGAGCUGAACAGUAUCUCCUCCAAUCCAGAAUUUAUGCCGGGAGUAGAUUUCCAACAGGUCUUUGCCUCCACCAAAGCCUAUGGCAGAGCUUUGGAGUUGCAGCUCUCCUCUGUGGAUCUGAAAAUGUUCCAGCUACAAAUCGAGUAUUUGAAAGCCUUUUUACCCGAAGAAUUAUUGCUGAGAGGAGCCGCCUAUGAUGUCAUACUCAUUUUAAUUAUUUUGCAAAGAUGCAUGGAGAAAAUCGAUAUUAUAUGUUCGGGUAUACACGAAAAGUUUCCAGCAUCUUGUGAGUUUGGCAGAGAUGCCAUAUUUGAGGGUUAUUCCGUGCAUCGUUUUGCUUUUAGAACCAGAUGCUUGUAUCUGUUGCGUUCGCUUAAAAUGAUUUUGCUGCAAUUGGAAUUUGCUUUGAAUCACUGUGACUAUGAAAUCUGCACACAUGCCGCCAUUUAUAGGGGCGAAAUGGAGAGCCAAGAAAGGCAUUUGGAUGAAUUAUUGAAAUUGCUCAAGAAGGGUCUAUUGGAUGAGAAUUCCCCUGUGGAGGGUUUGGAGAGAGCGGCCAGCUUUUUUAAUACUUUGUUAAAUAAUCUAUUUGCUUCCCAAAAUCUAGGUGAACUGCUGGACGAACAAAAGCUGUAUGUAAGUCUGAUAGAGGUCUAUGAUGUGGCCUUGGAUUGUGUUAAUACUCAUGCAGGUCUAUUGUAUACCAUAAUACAGCUGGGUGAUGAGCAGACCGAUUCAUUUUGCAGCAUGCAAUUUCUUAUGGAACAUGCACGCUCCUUUAAAAUGCAAUUGAAACAGCUGCAGCGCAAGUUGCCCACCAAAUCGGUUAGCUAUAGCACUCUGCAGUGGCCUCAGCUGCAAAGAUUGCACGAACGCAAUGAUCACUUGGGUAAACUAAUAGAAUUGUUAAGUUCCACAGCCCGAGAAGCCACCAAGGACAUAGCCAAUUCCUCUAAAACCGAUAAUACCAAUGAAAUAGCCAUUGAUCAUGAACGUUUGUGGCGCAUUGUGAAUUUGAAUUGCAACAAAUUGGCCCCGGAGGCUUUUCAACGUUCUCCGGUGGAAUUUUUCCACAAUUCCAUUUUGAUAUUGCAGGAACAAUUGGAUGAAUUCCAGCAAUUUAUUAAGGACAGUGAAAAGGCUUUAACCAUUAAUCUCAACACUUUGUAUGUGCGCUCCAAUGAGAUAACCAUUCUACAGCAGGCCGGCGAAAUGAAAAAGCACUACGAUGAAACCAAACAUUUGCAGCAUCAGCUAAGCGAAAAGGAUAAAGAAAUCAAAUCCCUUAAAUACAUGGCCAAACUGAAACAAAAUGACUUUUCCGAACUGCAAAUACGCAAGGAUAUGGCCGAAAAGAAUCUACAAAAGCAGCAGCAAGACCAAGAGCAAUUAUUACAGUUGGUUUCACAAAAAAUGGAAGAUUUGCUGGAGGGUCUGCAGCAGCAACAAAUCAAAUUCCUAACUUCUCUGCAAAACAACAACGACAAACUACAGCUGCUAGAGAAAGCCCAAGAAAAUCUAAAACUUUGCUUGGCUUCCAAUUCCCAAACGCUGACCUCUUGCUCCCAUGAGGCCCUAAAAGAAAUCGAAAGUCUUACACAAUGCAUACGCUAUCACCGCCAGGAGAACGUAACGCUACAAUCAAAAUACUUAAAAACCGAGUUUCUCAAACUAGAUCCUCUGCAUGUGCCCCAAAGGGCCGCAACUCAAAAUCAAACAGAAAUCAAACAACUUAGCGAAGAUCUCAACCAUUUGAAAAAGUCUUGGCUUAUGGGCUUUAUAGCUAUGCCACAAACACGCGCUAAAACCCAGGUUCAACGCGAAACGCAACAGCUGUCAGAACAUAUCUUGGCCAUGUAUUACAAAACACAUCCACAUCGUAGGGUCCUGACAGAAUUUGGACAAUUUCGCACACCCGAAGUUAAGGAAUUAAUGGAAUAG